AAGCUAGCACUUGGCUAGCAGCAGCAAUGACCGGGCGUGAACUUAGCGUGUAGUCGCCUCACAACUUUACUGAGAGUAAAACUAAACUCAGGCGGCUGCAGCUUCCCCUUUAGUCAGGGGAAAUAAGGAAGUGAACAGCUGACUGAAUUUCAGUUGUUUCUUCGCCGGGCAAGCAAAAUGGUGCACCGAUGUUGACCCUGGAGUUUCCUGUGUGAAGAACUGGGUCAUGUUAUCUCUCAGAGCCAGACCUCCUCUGUCCUGACACAAGGACUUUUGCAACCAGGAUCUUGACUUUCUACCUCAACAUACGUGGAGUCCACUCCGUGUUCUACCUCUUAGGACAUCCAAGGCUCUUUUUCUACUUCAACAAAUACUUUCCGCACACAGAAGCACGUAGCUGUUAUCAGCCUGCUCAGAAACACCAACAGACCCUUCACUCUAUCACCAGGCUCUCAGGCGCCAGUCAUCUAGCGACGUUGUAACAAAGUACACUGGAAUUCUUCCUGCUUGGCUGUCAUAAUUGCUAUCUGGGGAGGAGCCACGCGCAGCAGCCAUGUUUCACAGGGGUUUGUGAUGUCCGAGACCCGCGACAGGCAAGGAGCAGGACCAGGACUAGGGGAAGGACAGGGGCGGGGUGACAUACAUGUUCCUAGGUUUGUGGUUGGCUGUGGGGAUGACGAGCAGGACAUGGGCCAAAUGGAGGCAGGCAUGAGGAAUGAGAUGUAUCGAGAAGAGGAAAUGGAGUGCGAUGAAGAUGAGUCGCCACCAGAGCGGCAGAUUGUGGUCGGCAUAUGCGCCAUGAUGAAGAAGUCCAAAUCCAAGCCUAUGACUGAGAUCCUGGAGCGCCUUUGUAAGUUUGACUACAUCAGUAUGGUCAUCUUUCCAGAGGAGGUGAUCCUAGAGGAACCUGUAGAGAAAUGGCCCCUCUGCGACUGCCUCAUCUCCUUCCACUCCAAAGGUUUCCCUCUGGACAAAGCUGUGGAGUAUGCCAAGCUCAGGAAUCCACUGCUCAUCAAUGACCUCAACAUGCAGUAUUUCAUACAGGACAGGAGGGAAGUGUAUCGGAUCUUACAGGAAGAAGGCAUUGAUCUGCCUCGUUAUGCUGUGUUAAACCGAGACCCCGACAAUCCUGAGGAGUGUAACCUGGUGGAAGCGGAGGACCAUGUUGAGGUAAACGGGGAGGUGUUCCCUAAACCCUUCGUGGAGAAACCUGUGUGUGCCGAGGACCACAAUGUGUACAUCUAUUACCCAACGUCUGCUGGAGGGGGCAGCCAGAGACUCUUCAGAAAGAUAGGGAGUCGUAGCAGUGUGUACUCUCCAGAAAGCAGCGUACGAAAGACUGGAUCCUACAUCUACGAGGAGUUCAUGCCCACAGAUGGUACUGAUGUCAAGGUUUACACAGUGGGUCCAGACUACGCCCACGCGGAGGCCCGGAAAUCUCCUGCACUGGACGGAAAGGUAGAGAGGGACAGUGAGGGGAAGGAAAUCCGCUACCCCGUCAUGCUGACUGCCAUGGAGAAACUGGUGGCCCGCAAGGUCUGCCUGGCCUUUAAGCAAACAGUGUGUGGGUUCGACCUGCUCAGAGCCAACGGCCACUCCUACGUCUGUGACGUUAACGGCUUCAGCUUUGUCAAAAAUUCCAUGAAAUACUACGAUGACUGUGCCAAAGUCCUGGGCAACAUGGUGAUGAGGGAGUUGGCCCCCCAGUUCCACAUCCCCUGGUCCAUCCCCAUGGAAGCUGAAGACAUCCCAAUCGUCCCAACAACCUCAGGAACCAUGAUGGAGCUGCGCUGUGUUAUUGCCAUUAUCCGCCAUGGAGAUCGCACACCAAAGCAAAAGAUGAAAAUGGAGGUCCGACAUCCUCUAUUCUUUGAGUUAUUUGAGAAGUACGGAGGCUACAAGUCAGGAAAACUAAAACUGAAGAAGCCAAAACAGCUACAAGAAGUGCUGGAUAUCGCCCGCCUGCUGCUGGUUGAACUGGUCGAGCACAACGACUGUGAGAUCGAGGAGAAGAAAUCUAAACUGGAGCAACUCAAGACGGUCUUGGAGAUGUACGGUCAUUUCUCAGGCAUCAACAGGAAAGUUCAGCUGACCUACCUGCGUAACGGCCAACCUAAAGCAUCCAGCGAAGAAGAAGAUUCUAAGAAGGACGGCCCAUCUCUGCUGCUGGUGUUGAAGUGGGGCGGGGAGCUGACGCCUGCAGGCCGUGUUCAGGCUGAGGAGCUGGGCAGGGCCUUUCGCUGCAUGUACCCUGGAGGUCAAGGUGACUAUGCUGGGUUUCCAGGCUGUGGCCUCCUGCGCCUCCACAGCACUUACCGCCACGACCUGAAGAUCUACGCCUCUGACGAAGGCAGGGUGCAGAUGACAGCCGCUGCUUUCGCGAAGGGUCUGCUGGCUCUAGAAGGGGAGUUGACUCCGAUCCUGGUUCAGAUGGUGAAGAGUGCCAACAUGAACGGACUGCUGGACAGCGACAGCGACUCUCUGACUGACUGCCAACAGAAGGUGAAGGCAAGGCUGCAUGAAAUCAUGCAGAAGGGCCAGGAGUUUACACAGGAUGACUAUCAGAAGUUGGCACCAACUGGCAGCCCAUCGCUGGUCAACUCAAUGAAGGUCAUACAGGAUCCAGUCAAAACCUGCGAUAAGGUGUACGCCCUCAUCCAGAGUCUCAAUUCACAGAUCCGCAAGAGACUGGAAGACCCAAAGUCUGCAGACCUUCAGCUUUACCACAGCGAGACGUUGGAGCUGAUGCUGCAGCGCUGGUCCAAACUGGAGAGAGACUUUCGCAUGAAGAACGGCCGCUACGACAUCAGCAAGAUCCCGGACAUCUAUGACUGUAUCAAAUACGACUCGCAGCACAACGCCUCACUUGGACUGGAGGACACGCUGGAGCUGUUCAGACUGUCCCGCGCCCUGGCUGACAUAGUCAUACCACAGGAGUACGGCAUCACCAAAGACGAGAAACUGGAUAUCGCUCAGGCUUACUGUGUUCCUUUGAUGAAAAAAAUCCAGCUGGACCUGCAGAGGACCCAUGAGGACGAGGCUGUUAACAAGCUGCACCCUCUGUAUUCUCGUGGCGUAAUGUCUCCUGGCCGUCAUGUCCGCACACGGCUCUACUUCACCAGUGAGAGCCACGUCCACUCCCUGCUCAGCGUCUUCCGAUAUGGAGGACUGCUGGAUGAUGAGAAGGACCAGCAGUGGAAACAGGCCAUGGACUACCUGAGUGCUGUAAAUGAACUCAACUACAUGACACAGAUAGUCAUUAUGCUGUAUGAAGACAACAAUAAGGAGCCCUCCUCAGAGGAGCGUUUCCAUGUCGAGCUUCACUUCAGUCCAGGAGUCAAAGGGUGUGAAGAUGAGGAGAAUGUACCUCUUGGCUUCGGCUUCCGCCCAGCCUCCUCAGAGAAUCAAGACAAAAAGCCCAAUCAGGGAAGUCUGGAGGACCUUUCCCAGGACCAGCCAGACCAGGCACUUCCCCUCUCUGAGCCAAUCAACAUCCAGCGAAGGUCUCCCAUGAUCCGCAACCGCAAGACGGGCUCCAUGGAGGUCCUCUCUGAAACCUCUCCCACCCAGUCCUCCAAAGGCUGCACAUCUCACCGACUCUUCCCCUCGUGUUCACGCCAGUCUCCUGAGAUCAAACCAGCCAGUGGCCUAGGGUCGCUCUGCUCUGGCCUCUUCAGUGCCUCCGCCCUUGGGGUGUCCUGUAGCGCCCCCAACCUGCGAGACUACGUACGCACCCACCACCACCUCCACCGCAAACCACCUCUGUCCCCCGGCAGUCUGCCGUGCCAGAUUAGCAUGUUUGAGCUGUUCUCUAUGCCACCAGUAAAGAGAUUUUCUGUGUCGUUUGCCAGGCAUCCGACUAAUGAGCCCUCAGACGAGCUCCAUGUAGUCCAGCUGCCGGGGGGGCUUCCCGCUGAGCCGGCCCUGCUGGGGUUUGCCCCUCUGGCUGUGGACGGGGCCAUAGCCCACCACCUGUGCCACUGUCCCUACCACCUCCCCCUCUUCAAGAGCUGGCUGAUGUCUGGUCAGGAGCUCCCAGAAUCCCUCCACGGGUUUGAAGGCUGCUCCAUGGUGCCCUCUAUCUACCCACUGGAGACACUGCACAACUCGCUCUCACUGAAGCAGGUGGACGAAUUCCUCAACACAGUGUGUGCGAGCAGCAGCGAGGCCCAUGCCAAAACCAUGAAAGCGCUGUCCAGCCUGUUUGACUCUCAGAGCCAGUCGUCUCUCUACAGCCCUCAGCCGCCGCUGUCCUCCUCUGGAUCUGAAGCAUCUCUUCGGCCAACAAGUCAGCCUCUAUGGCAUGGCAGUAUCCCCUCCAGUGCUGUAUCCAGUGCAGGCCCCUCCUCCCCGAUCACAGAGAGCUCCGGCCUGAACUUCAGCUUCAGUGAGUAAACUCUCUGUCUGGAAAAAAAAAAACACAAGGACUUCUGGGUAUCUAAGGGCACGAUUUGAAGACCUUGGUUUGUCCGUCUCUCCGGGCUUUUAUUCAGCUUUUCCUGUGUCCUGCUCACAUUCACACAAACACUGGAGAGCUGCUGAUUCUGGGGAGAGGCCACUCUUACCUUGUGUAUUACAAACACUCAGACUGUAAAUAUAACCCCUCGAACUGUACAUGGACUCUUCAGCUGCACACAUGUGAUCACCACACCUUUCCUGCCCCGUGAAUAAGAGAAGAACACUGGACCUUCAACAGUUUAACCUGGAAUCCUCCUCUUCGGUUUGUCGACACGUUCAUGAAACCGGCUCCGACUGUGUAGCAGUGCAUCACGCCAACAGUCAGAGCAAUUGUGCCUUUACUUUAAUUUGAAUGCUGCCCACGCUUAAACAACAACGUGCCUGUUUGUUUUUGUUGUUGUUUUUAGCCCACAUGCUGUUUUGCAAAAUUCUCACACACCAGCUGCAUCAUCUCUGACCUUAGACGUGCACGACUGAAAUGCAUUACAGACUGUGAGUCAAAGUGUCGACCAUAACUCUUUUGAAAUAUUUUUUUCUUCUUCUCUACUGUUGUGCUGCAACCAAUGUGGCUAGCCAUUCACAUCCCACCCUGAAACAAGGCUGUUGUUUUUGAAAUCCAGGUAAAAUGUACUAACAUUUGAACCAGUAGGCGAUUUGAGGUGGGGGGUGCCAUCCUCCUUGUUGGCCUGCAAUCCCCUCUCUCCCUCCCCCUAGUAGCAGAGAGUGCAGGGGCAGAGUGGUGGUGUAAACAAAUACAGAACAAAGAGUUGUUACGAACCCUGUUAAAAAUAAAAAAAUGGCCUACUGAUUUGAACACUUUGACCUGCAGUUUGUUUCAGCUACAAAUGUCUGCACAUCGGCUGAAAGUUAAAGCUUAAAUAAAUUGUCCCGUGUUCCCUUUUAUUUCUGAGAGUUUGGGUAAGAUGAUCAACACCACUCUCACAUCUGUCCGUUAAAUAUGAGGCUACAGCCAGCAGCAGGUUAGCCUAGCUUAGCACAAAGACAGGAAACGGGGGGAAGACAUGCAGCCUGGUUCUGUCCAAAGGUAACAAACGGGCACCUGUAAUUAACACGCUUUAUCUUGUUUGUCUAAUUCAUACAAAAACUAAAGUGUAAAAACAACAACCCACUGUUAAACCACAGAUUGUGUGCCCGACUAUUUCUUGGCUGGGUGCUAUAUCUUCACAAAUUUCCAUUUGUACACUAUGGCUUUCGUUUGAAUUGAAAAAACGGGAUACAUUUAUAAAGUGUUAAUUAUUGAGAUUUAGAUGUGUCCAUAAGUAGAUUUUGUUAUCAUUUGACAGGCUAGCUUUCUUUCAGUUUCCAUUAUUUGUGCUAAACUGACAGCUGCUGGAUUUAGCUUCAACAUGUCAAUCUAUUCCUUUAAGACAAUGUACACAUUAGAAACCUAAGGAUUGGAACUUAUUCUGGGCAGAUUUUGAAUUUAAGUUAAACUAUUUAAAAAAGGGGCAGGUGCAGAUCAAAAAUGAGAUUAUAAACUAAUUCUCAAGAAUCUAGAGAGGUAUGUGUUGUCAUUUCAAUGCUUGGCACCUGCUAUAUUAAAGGUCUUUUUUGUUCACAGGAGUUUUAGUUUACGUCAUACUUUAAAAUACAGGUGUUUGUGUCAUGUAAAACUCGAGCCAGCUUUAUCAAACUGUUUAUCUUUUCAGUUAUUGCCUGCUGUUAAAUGGAAACACAAUUGAUGUGUAAAUGUGCCUUUAAAUGCAUAUUUAAUACAGUAUUGUAGACACUGUGGGUUUUACUGCUGUAUUUUUAUUUCGUUCCCAUUUUGAGGGGGGGUGUUACAAAUCCAAAAUGGUUUUGAGAAAAUCUGUGGUGUAGUUUUAUUUUAUAAUUAAAGGGAAGAACCACUUGAUUAGGAAAAUGGUAUAAAUGUACUUUUACAUAAUGAAAACUAUGUGAGUUUUCUCAGUUGAUGUCACUGCAAAUAAUGUGUAUUUUUAUUUAAAAAUGAAUCAAAUGACUGUUUCCAAUGAAUGAAUGAGUGAUACUCAGGUAGACAUGAAUCUACAGAUGUAAACUGGUUUUAUCAUCAUGUGAUUGAACUGGGGUUCAAUUCACUUUCAGUUAUCUUGAAAAUAAUAGUGAAUUUACUUCAAACUCCAAAGAAAUACUUGUAUUACUUUGACCAAAACGUGUAGGGUAAGCUCUAUCAUAAAACAAUGACUUGCAGUUUUAUUAUAGUAGAGCUCCAGGAUGAUUGGGCAUUAUGUUCGGACAGUACUGUCUGCAACACCAAAGUAUUACACAUUUCAAACUGGUUAAAUUGAAAAUGAACUGACUCCCAUAACCUGGAAACAUCUGCUGCAGAAAACAUAUAUAUAGUAAUCAUCAUGGAAAGAGUUUUAGAUUUGAAUAGGACUAAUGAUUUUUUUUUCUUCUUUUUUUACAUAAAGGUUGGUUGAUGUAAGCAAUUUUAGAUGUGUAUUUAUGUGAUUAUUUAAUGUCAAAGAGGAGGUGUGUUUCUGUGAUGGCUGCUGGAGAACAAAGUGGAUGCUGAAUGUGUAAAAUGUGUUAAACAUUUCUGUCGAUCUCUUGAGGUUCAGGUCGGGCUGUAAUGUUGGAAAGAGGAGGAGGUAAUAAAAGCAAUCCAAUAAACAGUGAAAA